UGGUGGUGGUGGUGGCGGUAAUAAUGGUACGUCGACGAUCACCACCAUGCAAGACCAUCACCAGGCGGCGAUGGCGGCUGGGGGAGUGAAGUUGGAACCGGUGGAGCCGCAGACUCAUCAUCUCCACCAGCAAAUGCUACAGUCGCAGCAUCACCACCAACAGCAAAACAGCGUUUUGAUCCCGAAAGUGGAGGUGAAGCUCGAGGAGGAGCUCCACCAGCAGAUGCUCCAGCAGCAGCAAGCCCGGCAGCAGCAGCAGCAGCUCCAGGCUCAUCUCAGCCUCCUCAACCAGCAGAGAUUGCUCAAGCACCACCAGCAGCAGCUGCUGCAAUCGCUGCCUCAGAACCAGUCUCAUCUCCACCAGCGCCAGCAGCACCUCCAGCACUUGCAACAGCAGCAGCAACAGCAGCAGCUCCAGCAUUUGCAGCAGCAGCAACAGCAGCAGCAGCAGCAGCAGCUCCACCAGCAGAACCAAAGCUUCGUCGCGAGUUCUUCCUCAUCGAGCAACGCCCCUCCGCCGCAGCACCUCCUGGCUCUUCAGCUUAAGCAAGUCUACGAGCCUGGCUCUUGCUCGCGCCGUGUCAUGCAGUAUAUCUAUCACCAAAGGCAUCGGCCUCAGGACAAUAGCAUAACGUUUUGGAGGAGAUUCAUCGCGGAGUACUUUGCCCCCCGUGCGAAGAAGCGCUGGUGUGUUUCUUUGUACGGGAAUGGGAACAAUGGCCGCCAGCCAACUGGUGUCUUCCCUCAGGACGUUUGGCAAUGUGAAAUCUGUGGAACAAAACCGGGUCGAGGCUUUGAGACGACUGUGGAGGUUUUGCCACGGCUUUGCAAAAUCAAGUAUGACAGUGGCAUCCUCGAGGAGCUCCUGUUCGUGGACAUGCCUCACGAGUACCGCUUGGCGUCGGGGGUCAUCGUUUUAGAGUAUGGGAAAGCCAUUCAAGAGAGCAUCUUUGAUCAAUUGCGUGUUGUGCGGGAUGGUCAGCUCCGGAUAAUCUUCUCUCCUGAUCUCAAGAUACACUCUUGGGAAUUUUGUGCAAGGAGUCAUGAAGAACUGCUUCCUCGAAGAAUGAUAGUUCCACAGGUGACCCAGCUGGCCACCGUCGCACAAAAGUACCAACAAAGUGUCGCGCAAACGGGAACUGCUGGACUAUCGUCACAGGACCUACAAACAAAUUGUAGCAUGUUUGUAACAAGCUCGCGAAAUCUUGCAAGAAACUUGGAAGUUCCGACGGUAAAUGACCUUGGCUAUACGAAGAGAUACGUUAGGUGUCUUCAGAUAUCAGAGGUAGUAAACAGUAUGAAAGAUUUGAUUGACUUCAGUCGAGAAAACUCUAUGGGACCCAAGGCGAGCUUGGAGAUUUUUCCUCGUCGGACAAGCCUUGGGGGUGCCUCGACUACUAUGGCUAAUGGAAAUCACCAGCAGCAGCAGCAGCAAACUUUGCUCCUCCAGCAACAUCAACAGCAGCAGCAUCAGCAGCAGCAUCAGCAACAGCAACAGCAACAAUUGCAGCCGCAGGAGUUGCAAAUCUCGUCAACUUCUCAAGAACACGAUCACCAACAUCAACUCAUGAGCUCCUCCACCAUUGCUCCGCCGAGACAACAACAUAAUCAUCAACAACAACAACAACAUCACGCACACCAACACCAACACCAAUAUCAAUUCCAACACCAACAGCAGCAACUAGGAACUUCUUUACAGGGCCUUCUCGGCUCAUUCCCUUCUCUACUCCACCAGCAUCAGCAGCAGCAGCAGCAGCAGCAGCAAAGUAACAGCGCUACGAUAUCUCCAGCUUCAUCGCUCAUCAUCCCCAAGAACACCACCACCACCGCCAACAACAACAGCUUCCAGGCCGCGCAGAUCCUCACGAGCAGCAGCAAUCUCCAGAGCCCAACGAGCUCCGGAAACUUGAUGAGCUCUCCUCCGGCAAUAAUGGGCAGUAACAGCGCCUCGAUGCUCCAGCAGCAACCUAGCAGCCAGCAGCACCAGCAGCAGGAUAGCGUCGUCCAUCAGCUCUUGCAAGAGAUGAUGAUGAACGCUGGGAGCAGCGGGAUGAUCUCGCCAGGGAAUAGUUUGAGCCACGGCGUUGGGAACGUAAACGGUUUUGGAGCCUCGGUGCUGGAGAGCACGUCCAACUUGGGGAUGGGCAUGAGAAGUACACAGCAGCAAAAGAGUUUGUAUAUGAGUUCUUCGCAAGAUCACGGUGGAGGAGUCCAUGACCUAGCCGAGAACGGGAUAUUGAGCAGUUUGGGAGCGGCAAAUGGUUUUGCAAGCUUGCCGUUCGACUGGAAAUCGCCGUGAGAUAGCUGUAAUACAAAGAGGUAAAAGGUAAUAGCAGCGAAAAGCUGAGGGAGCCAGAGAGAGAAAGGAUCUUCCCCUGUGAAAGAGAGACAGAUUGAUCGUAAUUGUCAAAGUGUUCCAACAUAGAUAGUAUUCCAACUCUACUACUAACAUAAUCAUUGUUUCAAAUGAAACAGAGUCCAAAAAAUUUGUUAUCUUUAUUAUCAAGAAAUCAAAAAGUAAAAUGAUAGGAAA